AUGUUAUCUAGAUUCCGAGGUUUUCUUGAUAUUGACGAUUUCUCAAUUCUUUGUAACAUUAAAACCUACACAAGGUUCGGUACAACACUUUACAAAGUCACUCCAGAUCUUGAGCAGAAACUCAUUCCAGUAAGCCAACUGAUUGAUUAUUGGGAGAAAGGACUCAAUGGAACUUUUUCAUUUGACAUUAACUCUUCUUUCAAAGAGGUUCUUGCUGAAUGUUUGAUAGCUGAAGGUUGCAUAGAAAUGAGUGUACAACGAUUUAAAGAAGUUUUCUUCAGUGAUUUAGGAAACAACUUCAGGUUCACGGCAAGAAUUACUGGUGGCGAACCAUCGUCCGAAAUAAAUGUUGAAUAUAACUAUUGUCGAAUGGAUCACAUUCAUUUUCGAAUUAUUGAUAUCGUCAGUUCCAAAUCUUCAAAACAAAUUAUCGUCUCAUCUCAGAAGCCUUGUGACAACAUUCUUGCAAAGGAAUUUGUGGAACAAUCCAUCAAAUCAGGAGAACUGUUGGCGGAGGAUGUGAUGAGUUUAAACUCUCACUAUAGUAUGUACAAUUGUGUUCUCUUAGUAAUGCAAUGUGAAGUACCAAUAGUAGCGCCAGAGUUACGGAGAGAGGAAUCAAUUAGCCAGAUUGCUGAUGCACUUCGUCAACUUGAUAAAGUUGCGACUGAAAUUCUCGGGAGAGUUAACCUCCGAGUUGAGGGUCAGAGGAAAGCCCUCCAAGAUGUGGAGACGAGAGUUAAACUUGCUCAAACCAAGGUGGACAAGCUGAAGGGAAGCAAGAAAGCAAUUCAGGUGUUCUCUUGCUCCAAAUACCCUGUUACUACGCUAACAUCCUAUGAACCACUCUUUAAAUCAACUCCCGAGUCAGCAGUUCUCCGGAAGAGUGCCCGGACUGAGAAAUGUUACAGCGAGGAAUUGAAACCUGCUGACCAAAAAGCUAUCAAGGACAAGUUGAACUUCUUCCGAGUUGCACGACCAUCCCAGAAAUCCCGAAUGUUACGAGCUUACUCUAUGGAAGAAGAAUUAGAAUCAGGUUUGGGAGACCCACCCCCGGGGAUAACAGCUGCCUCAUCGUAUCUUCUCUUCAACAGUAGCACCAACCCUUAUCGAUCCCACAGAAAGUUUGACCCGCUCGACGCCCCUGGACGCCGUGUUGCGGAGGAAUUGGAGCCUAGCAACAUGUUAGAGGACGCUCCGGCUAGUCUGGGAGGGAGUGAGCUGAUCAACAGACUCGUUCCCAAAUCAUAUGCUUACUGUCCGGACCUUGGAGAAGUACCAGAACUUGAUAUACCAGUGUAUCUGCCUGACCUUCCUGGAGUAGCAGACAUUUCUUUCGACCAGACCAUAGGAUCAAUUGCUCCCUCGUUACCAAAUAUUGGUGAUGUUUUACCCGACUUGCCGGAUAUUGGUGUCGAUGUCCCGAACGUGGCUUCGGCGCCACGGCCGCCACCAGCUGCUAAUGCAGCUCCACCACCGCCGCCGCCACCACCACCACCUAGUGUUCCAGGACCACCACCCCCUGCACCUGCUGCCCCACCGCCACCCCCUGCACCAGCAGUACGAGCACCACCGCCUCCUCCACCGCCUCCUCCACCCCCAGCUGUGAAACCCCCAGAAGGGGCUCCAGCUCCGCAUGCUCAAGGUGGAAGAGGAGAUUUGUUGUCGUCCAUUAGAAAUGCCAGCAAGAACAAGCUAAAAUCUGUCGAGGAGCGAAAGAGGGACAAGAAAGAGGAGAUUAAAAAAACGAAAGAAUCUGACGGUGGUGGCGGAGACAUGAUGUCUGAUCUGCUAGCCUCGCUUAAUCGGCGUCGUAAAGGAAUAUCCGGUGACAAAGCUAAAGCGGGCCCUUCGAAUUCACCCAAAGCAGCGUCCUCAUCCUCAAAUGUUGGGGCUAUGGACAGGGUGUCUGCCAUGAUACCACCCCCUAAACCCCGCGCUGAUACAGAUGCCAGUACUACUGAUGGAAAUAGUGAUGGGGACUGGGAUUAAAUUUGUAAUUUUACUGAUGGUCGUUUCGCGUACCUAGCUUAAACUUAGCUUCAACUUUGUGUGUUUGGCUUUUUGAUUUUGAGGUUGUUUUGUUUUACCGUUUGAUGUUUUUUCAAUUAAAUUUAUGACAUGAUAAUAUGAUUAAAAGUUUUGAUUUUUGUGGUUAACCAGACUUUUUAUCAUCAAUUUUACAGAUUAUAUUUUAUACACAUUUUACAUUUACUGAUUCUUACAGAGUCAAUGUAAUUGAA